AUGCCACGAUCAAGAAGCGCAUCAUCCUCUGCCUCGCGACGCUCUCGUUCGCCUCGCUCCGACCGUGAAAAUAGUAGUGAACGACCGAACGAAUUUCGUGUACAUGUUGCCGAACUAGCUCCUGGUGUCGAUGUCAGUGAAAUACGUAAACUAUUUCAACGAUUUGGUACGAUUCUCGACGUCUGGGUCGCUAGUGCAUCAUGCUUCGCAUUUGUGNCAGAUAGACAUAGCAUGUCAGCAAGCACAGAAACAAGUGAGAUUGCUGAUUUUUACAAAAACAAAUCAGUGUUUAUCACUGGUGCAACUGGCUUCAUUGGAAAACAAUUGGUCGAAAAACUAGUUCGAUCAUGUCCAGAUGUCGAACAUAUUUACCUUCUCAUAAGACCAAAGCGAGGCCACGAUGUCGCUGAUCGUCUCAGAGAAUUACUGUCGAGCACGUUAUUUGAUCUUGUGCGAUCGACAAAUCCGAAUUUCGAACAAAAAAUUAUCGCUGUGCAGGGUGAUAUACUCGAUCCAAAUUUUGGUUUAAAUGCAUCGGACGAAAGUACACUGAUUGAAAAUUGUCAUAUUGUCUUCCAUUCAGCUGCAACUGUCCGUUUUCAUGAACCGCUUCGCCUGGCGAUUCAAAUGAAUGUUGCAUCAGUGAAGAAAUUGCUUGUUUUAUGUCAUAAAAUGAAAAAACUACAAUCAGUCGUUCACGUGUCGACAGCUUAUGCUAAUUGCAAUCGUAAUGAUAUAGCCGAAAUGGUAUACCCACCACCGAUUCAACCAUCGAAACUAUUAGAUGCUAGUGAAUGGAUGGAUGAUCAAGUUUUCGAUGUUCUAACUACGAAGCUCAUUAAUGAUCGACCGAAUACAUAUACAUUCACGAAAGCACUUGCUGAAUAUGUCAUAUCUCAAGAAGGUAAUGAUUUACCGUUGGCUAUUAUACGUCCAUCAAUUGUUGGAUCAUCAUGGCGCGAACCGAUGCCGGGUUGGAUUGAUAAUUAUAACGGUCCAAGCGGAAUGAUUGUUGCAACUAGCAAAGGUAUGCUUCGAACAAUGUUAGGAAGUUUGUCAUCUAUAGCAGAUAUCGUUCCUGUCGAUGUUUGUGUAAACAUGAUGAUAGCUGUCGGUUGGUAUACCGCAAUAAAAAAUUCGAAAACUAUUCCAGUAUAUCACUGCUGUACUGGUCAUUUGGGUUCAUUAACAUGGAGUAACAUAACGAAAAUUGGUCUACGUCAUCUUGAUACCAUAUGUAUGGAGAAUGCAAUUACAUUUCCACAUUUAACAUUGACUCCUAAUCGAUUUCGUUACCAUUAUCAACGCUUUUCUCAAGAAGUAUUUCCAGCAUUUUUACUCGACUGUUACAUGCGAUUAAUUGGUCGAAAACCAAUUUUCUUGAGAUUAUGCGAUAAAAUCUAUAAAAGCGUACGAACGUUGAAUUUCUUUACAAUGCGAUCGUGGACAUUUCCAUUGGAUAAUAGUAUUAGUCUCCGAAAUGAAAUGACUGACACUGACCAAAAGACCUUCAAUUUUGAUGUAAAAGAUCUCGAUUGGACUCAGUAUUGGUACAACUAUUGUCUGGGUGCGAAACAAUACCUGCUUCGAGAAGAUCUGGCUCAUAUGUCGAAAUGUCGUCAACGAAAUCAGCGAUUGAAACGUAUACAAAAUUUAUUAUGGUACACGGCUGUUGGAUUAAUCAUCAAAAUGAUCUUUUUCCGGUCCGUCCGAAUUCACCGAAUGAUUUUGAUUCCACUUCGUUUUAUCUUUUCGAUACUUUCAAUUAUUGCCAAGAAGUUUUCACUGAAUACGAAAUAA